GCAGAGGCUCACUCGGCGUUGCUGAACAGGGAGCUCAGCCGACUCCAGCAGAGGGACAGUGGGAUAUGACACCCGCCACAAUCCGCUCCCAUCCUCCUCCGCCCUCGGCUCAGCGAGCCUGACAAACAGCGGAUCAGAAACAGCAUCGCUCCAGCUUUCAGACAAGCUGAGUAUCGGUUCACCGAAAGCAUGGAUCUGCGAGUGGGGAGUAAAUACCGGCUUGGCCGCAAGAUCGGCAGCGGCUCCUUUGGGGACAUUUACCUCGGUUCUAACAUCGCUACAGGGGAGGAGGUGGCCAUCAAACUGGAGUGUGUGAAAACCAAACAUCCACAGCUUCACAUCGAGAGCAAGUUCUACAAGAUGAUGCAGGGAGGAGUUGGAAUCCCUUCUAUAAAGUGGUGUGGAGCUGAGGGUGAUUAUAAUGUGAUGGUGAUGGAGUUACUUGGCCCUAGUCUGGAGGACCUCUUCAACUUCUGCUCCAGAAAGUUCAGCCUGAAAACAGUCCUCCUGCUUGCUGACCAAAUGAUCAGCAGAAUCGAGUACAUCCACUCCAAGAACUUCAUCCACCGGGACGUGAAGCCGGAUAACUUCCUGAUGGGUCUGGGGAAGAAGGGGAACCUCGUUUACAUUAUCGACUUCGGCCUGGCCAAGAAGUACAGAGACGCCCGCACACACCAGCACAUCCCCUACCGCGAGAACAAGAACCUGACCGGCACCGCCCGCUACGCCUCCAUCAACACACACCUCGGCAUAGAGCAGUCUCGGCGGGAUGAUCUGGAGUCUCUGGGCUACGUGCUGAUGUACUUUAACCUGGGCUCUCUGCCCUGGCAGGGUCUGAAAGCCGCCACCAAGAGGCAGAAAUACGAACGAAUCAGCGAGAAGAAAAUGUCCACCCCCAUCGAGGUGCUGUGUAAAGGCUACCCCUCCGAGUUCUCCACGUAUCUGAAUUUCUGCCGCUCGCUGCGGUUCGAUGAUAAGCCGGAUUACUCGUACCUGCGGCAGCUCUUCAGAAACCUCUUCCACAGACAGGGAUUCUCUUACGACUACGUGUUCGACUGGAACAUGCUCAAAUUCGGAGCGAGUCGAGCAGUGGAUGAGGGUGAUCGAGAGCGGAGAGGUGAAGAGAGGGAUAGUGGAGUGGUGCGGGGGUCAGGAGUCAGAGGACACGCCUCCUCCGGGCCAAACCGCACCAGAAACGGCCCUGAACAGCCAACUUCCAACCCAGCCUCCCGCAUCCAGCAAUCAGGUAACACAUCGCCACGGGCAGUCUCCCGAGGAGAGCGGGACCGGAAGGUGAGCAUGAGACUGCACCGAGGAGCCAACGUCUCGUCCUCACAGGUCAGCAUGCCAUAUGAGCACCUGGGAAAGUGAGCUGUCCAACCACACACAAAACAACAGGGCUGCAGGACUCCGCCUCCUUCUCCAGAUAUUCUCAGAGAUCGUUUUGUUCUGUUUUUUUUUUUCUUUUUAACACUCUGCCUGUGAACCUGACCAGCACAGCGGGGGCUGAUCUGCGUGACCCUCCGCUCAGAUGAAGACUCCGCCCCUUUACCCCUUUGUUUCAUCCCACACAUCACUCCUUUACACAUCACUCCUUUACCCAUCAUCCCUCACUCCUGAUCUGUGAUCGCGUGAUAAAGGCUGGGAGAGAAGCUGAACGUUGUUUUUCGUUGGUUUUGAAUGUAAAGGGUUCGACUUUUUUGAGGCGGGUUGGUUUGUACUCUCCAGUUUGGAAUGUUUGUGUACACUUUGUUUGUUUGUUUGUUUGUUUUUGUGUGCACAGACGAGCAGUGAUGAUCUUUUAGAGAGAAAUCGGACACAGGUUGGAGGGUUUUUUGUUGGGCUCAGGCUGCACAGUGUAUUGUUUGUAAAUGAUCUUAUUAAUUGUCUUCACAUUUAGUGUUGCUGUCCAGAUCAGUUUCUGAGGGCGUUCUGAUAAAUCGGCUUAUUUCUACAAUAAUUUUGGGCAACUUUAAAGGGGAAUUCCACCAAAAAUCUCUGUAGAAUCCAGUGUGUGUGAGAGAAACUAAUUCAGAGUGGAGGUUUAGUUAGAAACUGUGCUUCACAUUUGAGAAAAUCAAUCUCAAAAAAUUAAGCAUGCAUAAAUAUGGCUAUGACACAUAUAUUUAUAACCUUUUUACUGUCAAAACUCACCAGUAAAUCCUACAGAAGUCUUUUUUUUUCAUAGGUAGAGUUUUAUAUGGAAUGAUGAUGUUGGGAAGAUCUGGGGGAAGAACUAAAUUAUUCCGCACAUCGCCCUGCUGUAUGCAUGCCUCUACCAUUUUAAUAAAAAAUGCAACUUCUAGAAGUGGUUAAACAGUGUAUUCAUAACCAUUAAGUCCCGUGAGGAGCUUCCUUCACCACCACACUACACUCUUUAAUGUGCGUCACUGCAUUCAUUAUCAACCUCUUCAGGCUGCAGCAGUUGAGCUCCGCCCGUUUACCUUAUAAUUCAAGUUUAAAAGCGGUGUUUUGCUUUUUGAAUGAGUGCAGCCAAUAGAAAUUGUUGAUGUUUGAUGCAGAAUACAGAAACAUUGUACCAUAAGCAUAUGUGGAAAAAAUAAAAUGCAAGAAUAUGAAUUUCAGAUAUGAGUUAUUUUGGUGGGAUUUUCCUUUAACCCUGAUAUUAUUGGUCAAUUAAAAACCUGUGAUUUUAAUGUUUUGCGGGACGUGUCAGAAUAUAAUACAAUAUGUAGCAGAAUAAUCCCAGUACUUAACUUUUUAGAGUAUUGUGCAGCCUGACUGUUCACAAAAGAAAGAGAGAUACAGAGAGAGAGAGAGGAAUAGAAGAACAGCGAGGAACAGAGAGAUAGGAAAUAAAGAGCAGAUUGAAAUGUUAUGUGUGUGUAUAUGAAAGUGUGGCCAGGGCUGGGGGUCAGAAUUCAGUACUUUUAUGCUGCCAACCUAAACACUUUAGCAUUAUCUAGGCCUGUAACAGUAAUUACAUUAUCAAUUUUUUCAUACUAAUAAUAAUAAUAUAUGAACAUGACCUCUCAUUUUUUGCUAGCUUUUCUUAAACAUUUAAUGAGCCAUUCAUUAUUGUAUUGUACUCAAUGUCUAUAUAUAUACAUAUUAAUUAAAACUUUUCCUUUUUUUCUUUUUUUUUUAUUUAUUAUUUUUUUUUUUAAAUGGUGUAAAUGUCUUAAUAUGCUGUUAUUGUAUCAUUACAUCAACAGCAAAAAAUCUUAAGUCUCUACAAGUCUUAACAUGACUAAUAUUGUUUAACACUGUUACCACAAAACUGUAAAUACUUGGUUAUCAUAACAGACCUAAUAUUAUCAUGUAUGGAAGCGCUCCAAUAACUAACCAAAGUUUAGAUUUAUGAUUGGCUGCCAGUAAGCAUUUAAGGGCAGUUCCUUUUGCAAAUUUUUUCACUGAAAGGAAAAAACGUCUGUGAUUGGAUUUAAGCUUUGUGAACACAGCUUUUUCUGAUUUUCAAAAUUUCUAAAUUAGUGAUUGGCAAUUGACAUGGAAGAGUCAAAUGUAUUUUUAAAAUUAUAUUACAAGAGAAACAAAAACAGAAAUAUGAUAUUUUACUGCAGAGGAAGGUAAAGAAAUUUUAUAGUAAGGCAUUUGGAAGCAUUUCUGUUGGUUUCUUUUGUUAUUAACAUUUAUAAACACACUGUUAUUGAAGGUAUUAACUGCUAUUAAUUAAGGUGUGUUAUUCAACAGUGUAAACAGUGAGGUAGGGUUAAGUUAUGUGGCGAAUAGGUACUGGUUGGGUGCAGUCUGAAUCAUGCCCAGUCCUGGCAGUGAGUGUGAUCGAGUUUUAAGGGAAGAGCUUUUGGUGAAGUUGUGAAGAGAGAAGUGAGAGUAUUAGAAAGGCUUCAUUCCCCUUUACACCUCCUCAUACUCAUCUUUCUGUUCUGUUUUAGGUGGGUGUGGCUUUACACUGGGGGUCUUCAGUCUUUACGUAAAGAUGCAGUGACUGCAGGUUUUUGUCUCAGUUGAGUGAAGGCGGUCCCCUGACUGUUCUGAUGUGAUAGAUUAGCGGUUCUCCUGUCCGGCUGCUCUUCAGUCUGAUGAUCAGUUUAUUGAGGAGCUCCUGAUUGGUUAAAAUGAAACCCUGCAGUCACAUCAGUUCUCUGUUUGUUACUCCUGUUUUAUAGUGUUUUACAGCGUUUUACCAUUGAUGUGCCACAUAGCCUUCAGGGCCUGACGAUAUAUCAAGUUUGCUGAUAAUAUUGACUGACAUUAAUGACCUGCACUUUUAACAGUAUUAGCAAUAGUUCUGCAUCUUUACUAAUAAUAUAUAUAUAUAUAUAUAUAUAUAUAUAUAUAUAUAUAUAUAUAUAUAUAUAUAUAUAUAUAUAUAUAUAUAUAUAUAUAUAUAUAAACUCAUAAUCUCCUGAUGAGAAAAACUAAAGAUGCACUGAAAUAAUGAUUAUUGGUCAAAGGCUGCAUACAAACAUCUUAAAUUGCCCACUUUGUAAUUUUGGCUUAAUUUGACAGAAAAAUAAUUUACCAAAUAUAAUGAAAAAAAUGUUAACUUACCUUUUAAAAUUUACCUCAGCAGUGCAAUUCUAAUCAUAGUUUUACCCCACAGUUCUAUUCUAGUCUUAAAUUUACCUUAGCAGUGCAAUUCUAACCAUAAAUCUGCCCCACUGUUCUAUUCGAGUCAUACAUUUACCUCAGCAGUGCAAUACUAAUCAUAGAUGAUUCUAUUCUGUUCUAUUCUAGUAAAAAUAAUUACCCCAAAAGUGAUACUCAAGUCAUAUGUAAGAGAAAUUCAUAUAUAGAGUGGAAAUCUGUGAAUAUAGUAAACUGUAUUAUUUGACAUCAAUUUAUCACUGACUCCACAACCUCUAGUAAGUUGAACUUCAAUACAAUACAGUAAUUUUCCCAUUGGGUGUUAAUGUAGCACAAUUCACAUUUAUUAACAGUAUCACAUUAAAACACUAAAAAACACUUGAAAGGGAAUAAUAAUAAUAUUAAUAAUAAUAAUAAUUUUUUUUUUAGAAAAUCCACAGUACAGCAUUAAAAUCUAUAAAUAUCAGUUGAUGUAAUCAGUUAUCUGCAUUUGUGCCAGUAGAAACUUUAUUGGCGGCAAAAUCUCUAUAUCUUUUAGGCUCUAACUGCCACAUCACCCCACUAUGACAUCACUGUCAGCCAAUAGGUUUUUUUUUGCAUUGUAAAUUAUUUUACAGAUUUUUUUUACCGCAUAUCUUGUGGGGAAGGGGGUGGGGCUUCUUUAAUAUGGGCAGGGUGUAAGAUUUAACUUUUUUCUCUCUUUUUUUUUCUUUUUUUGUAAAUAUGUGUGUGUGAGGACAAAGUGUUGUCAGUUGAUGCAGAAAAUGAUGCAGACUGAACUAAAGAGUGUCUGAGAAAAAAAAUAA